AUGGAGGAGUCUGACAGAGUGACGUUCACGAAGGUGCCCCACAACAUCACCAUAGCGCGAGGCAGUAGCGUCCUCCUGGAGUGUGCCGUAGAGGAGCCAAACGUUGGCAUCAUGUGGUUGCAUCGGGACCGGAUUCUCAGUGAAGGCGACCACACCGAGGGUAUCGAGGUCCAUCCGGGCGGUGUUCUGCACGUGCCGGAAGUCAGUGACGACCAGGACGGGAAGUACACGUGUGUUGCUUUGUCAGGCGGCAACCUGUUUGAGAUGUCCUCAUGGGUCACGCUAACAGAGCCAUGUAGACUGCGUGUAGAGAAGGCGCCCCAGAACAUGACUGUGGAGGAGGGUGGCAGCGCUAUACUCCAGUGCUUUGUGCCCGAUGCGGAACACACCAUGUGGAGAAAGAACGGGGAGAUCAUCAAAUUUGACCGAAGGAAGAAGAUUCUGGUGAACAACUACCUGGUACUCGACCACAUCGUGGAAACAGAUGCUGGCGAAUACACGUGCGCUGCACGUGCCUCAAACGGCUGUUCAGCCAGGGUAUCCGCCAUUUUGACAAUCGAUGGUAUUGGCCACAAGAAAGCUUGUGGGCGGCCUAAGGUGGUGAAGGAGGCAGGUAGAGGGGGGCGUAUCGCCAGCGGUAAGGAAGUCCUGGAAGGGGAAUCCCCAUGGCACGUCAUCAUCAGGGACAAGAGACAUACUGCUGCUUUCUGUGGCGGUUCACUGAUCAACACCCAGUGGUUCUUGACCGCUGCCCACUGUGUCGAACAGUUCGAGAAAUCCUACGGCACUCCAUUCUCUCGAGUAGACGUGGACAUUUACGUCGGCACCGUGCGCUGCGACGGCAAACAGGGCAUACAACGUCGUCUCAAACAAUACAUACUGCAUCCUGAGUUCAAGGGACAUAACUUUGAUAACGACGUUGCACUGUUCCAACUAGAUCAGCCGGUAGAGUUCAGUGACUUCGUAAUGCCAAUAUGCCUGGAGAGGGAACUGCUUGUGAACGAACUACUUCGUGGCGGAAGGGUCGGAAUGAUUACAGGUUGUGGUAGUUUGUAUGAAUACGGCAUGUCUCCAACAUUCCUACGCGAGGUUACCAUUCCAUAUGUCAACCGACCCGUAUGUGAAAGAAGUGCCAAAAGUGUUAACACUUCUUUCACGCCCGGAAUGAUCUGUGCUGGGUACUCUCGGCGCAUGCGCGGUGAUGCCUGCCACGGCGACAGUGGCGGCCCCUAUGUAAUGGAAUACGGCGGUCGGUGGAUUCAGGUGGGGAUCGUUUCAUGGGGAGUCGGAUGCGACCAAGAAAACCAAUAUGGCUACUAUACACAUGUGUCCAAAUAUUAUGACUGGAUUCUAGAGAACUCAAUCGAGAAUGAAGUAGAAGACUACGAAAUGGACAACUGAUAUGAAAGGCUAAUAAUAAAAACAGCCCCGUGGGGCUAAUUUA